AUGCUUGCCCACAUCCGCGGCUUAAUAACCCACUUCCUACCCAUAUACUCCACCUCGAGAACUUCCCGAUUCAUGGCGACCGACGCAGUCUCGCAAGCCGGUGCAGAAGUAGCGAUAUUCGCUUCAGGCUGCUUCUGGGGAACCGAACACAUCUUCCUCAAGCAUUACAAGGAGAAGGGCAUCGUCAAGACCAGCGUGGGGUAUACGGGCGGGAAGGAAUCGGUGACGAAUCCCAGCUACAGGAAUGUUUGCUCGGGCACAACCGACCACGCGGAAGCGGUCAGGAUCGAGUUUGACAAGGAGAAGGUGGGAUAUGCGGAGCUGGUGGAGUUCUUUUACCGCACCCAUGAUCCCACAACGGUGAAUCGGCAGGGAGGAGACACUGGGACGCAAUAUCGGUCUGCGAUCUUCACCACAAGUGCUGAGCAGGAGGAAACGGCAAAGCGUGUUACGGAGGAGGUCCAGGGGAAGCAUUUCACGCCAAAGGGCCUGACGAUUGUUACCGAGAUUAAGACUGCGGGGCCUUGGUGGAAUGCAGAGGACUACCACCAGCUGUACUUGUUCAAGAAUCCAGGCGGUUACCAGUGCCCAACACAUCGACUUCACUGGUAA